ACGGAGUUGCGCGCUUGCCCUCAAACGUUAUCGUGACAGAAUUGCUUUCAGGUGAGUGCCACUCGGGGCGCACCCUGCGGCGCGACGCGAGCUAACACUCAUGGAGGAUUACCGCACCUCGUCCCGAGCCCCAGCCGGCACCGCACCAGACACGGAGGCGAACGGACCGAGCCUUUCGUGGCCACGCUAAGCUAAAGGCCCUAGAACAGCUAGAGGCGGCGCCCGUUUUCGACGACAACACGAGCUCAGCGGCUUACAAAGUGUUAAAGGUAACCCUUUUAUCUCCCGAAUCAAACGUUUAGGCUAUCUUUCUACCCGGAGAAUUGGUGGCAAAUUCAACUUUUCCAACGCGAACCCGUCUGUCAACCGCGGUGACAGGACUCUGAGAUACUUGUCAAGUUUGUACUAUGCCGCGCUUGGAAAAUGACUGAAUAAAAGGUCCAAUUUGAAGCCCCACGCUGGUGUCCUGUCUCUUUUAAUAGCUCAUUUUGGGGUCACGCUUGGAAACCGCGGAAGACGGGCACGGAAAAUCCAAAUUGCGAUUGGGGAAAUUUGCAGAGGACAAUUGCAAUUGAAAUGCUGAUUUUUUUUUUUUUUUUUUUAAUUCUUUUUUUGGGCCAGUCACUUAACGAAUGACAAUUACAUAUUUCCGAUCCCGAGGGGUACUCGAUUUCCUGUGCCGACGACCACUCGGAGGACCUUCAUUAGCAGCGACAGGUGCGCGUCCCAGUGGGGAGGUUCGGGGCGUGGCCUCUGGGAGGUGGAAAAGCAGGGGAGGUGGGGUGGCGCCCGCCCGGCCGGCCCCCCACCCCUUUUUUGGGCCGCAACCCUGACACUCACCCCCUUGCUUCGCGGCGGAGCGGCAGUCAGUCCGGCAGAGUGGAGCACGGCGUGACCCCCCCCCAAGACCAGAGCUCGCGUCCCCCCUCUUGUUGAUCUCUUUUCAGCGGCCACCAUGACGACGCUCGAGAGCCACGUGACGUACACCAUCCACCACGAGCAGACCUACAUGACCCAGGAGGACGACUGGGACCGCGACCUGCUGCUCGACCCCGCCUGGGAGAAGCAACAGAGGAAGACGUUCACAGCCUGGUGCAACUCCCACCUGAGGAAAGCCGGCACACAGAUUGAGAACAUCGAAGAGGAUUUCAGGAAUGGUCUGAAGUUGAUGCUGCUCCUGGAGGUCAUCUCAGGCGAGAGGCUCCCCAAGCCCGACAAAGGAAAGAUGCGCUUCCACAAGAUCGCCAACGUCAACAAAGCUCUGGACUUCAUCUGCAGCAAAGGCGUGAAGCUGGUGUCCAUCGGCGCCGAGGAAAUCGUGGACGGCAACGUGAAGAUGACCCUCGGGAUGAUCUGGACCAUCAUCCUGCGCUUUGCGAUCCAGGACAUUUCGGUUGAAGAGACGUCCGCCAAGGAGGGUCUGCUGCUGUGGUGUCAGAGGAAGACCGCCCCUUACAGGAACGUCAACGUGCAGAACUUCCACAUCAGUUGGAAGGACGGCCUGGCCCUGUGCGCCCUCAUCCACAGACACAGACCCGACCUCAUCGACUACUCCAAACUGAGAAAGGACGACCCCGUCGGCAACCUGAACACAGCCUUCGAGGUGGCCGAGAAGUACCUGGACAUCCCAAAGAUGUUGGACGCUGAAGAUAUCGUCAACACGCCCAAACCCGACGAGAAGGCCAUCAUGACCUACGUGUCCUGCUUCUACCACGCAUUCGCCGGUGCCGAGCAGGCCGAGACGGCCGCCAACCGGAUCUGUAAGGUCCUGGCGGUCAACCAGGAGAACGAGAAGCUGAUGGAGGAGUACGAGAAACUGGCCAGCGAGCUUCUGGAGUGGAUCCGCCGCACCGUCCCCUGGCUGGAGAACCGCGCGGCGGAGCAGACCACGCGCGCCAUGCAGCAGAAGCUGGAGGACUUCCGGGACUACCGCCGCGUGCACAAGCCGCCGCGCGUGCAGGAGAAAUGUCAGCUGGAGAUCAAUUUCAACACGCUGCAGACCAAACUGAGGCUCAGCAACAGGCCCGCCUUCAUGCCCUCCGAGGGCAAGAUGGUGUCGGACAUCGCCAACGCCUGGAAGGGCCUGGAGCAGGUGGAGAAGGGCUACGAGGAGUGGCUGCUCACGGAGAUCCGCCGCCUGGAGAGGCUGGACCACCUGGCCGAGAAGUUCAAGCAGAAGUGCGCCACGCACGAGUCGUGGACCGCGGGUAAGGAAGACCGGCUCUCCAAGAAAGACUACGAAUCCGCGUCCCUGAUGGAGAUCCGAGCGCUGACGAGGAAGCACGAGGCCUUCGAGAGCGACCUGGCCGCCCACCAGGACCGCGUGGAGCAGAUCGCCGCCAUCGCGCAGGAACUCAACGAGCUGGACUACCACGACGCCGCCACCGUCAACGCCCGCUGCCAGGGCAUCUGCGACCAGUGGGACAACCUGGGCACUCUGACCCAGAAGAGGCGGGACGCUCUGGAGCGCGUGGAGAAGCUGUGGGAGACCAUCGACCAGCUGUACCUGGAGUUCGCCAAGAGGGCGGCGCCCUUCAACAACUGGAUGGAUGGAGCCAGGGAGGACCUGCAGGACAUGUUCAUCGUCCACAGCGUUGAGGAGAUCCAGAGCCUGAUCACCGCCCACGACCAGUUCAAAGCCACCCUGCCCGAGGCCGACAAGGAGCGCACGGCCACGCUGGGCAUCCACGCGGAGAUCCUGAAAAUCGCUCAGACGUACGGAAUCAAGCUGUCCGGCAUCAACCCGUACACCGACCUGACGCCCCAGGACGUCGGCACCAAGUGGGACACGGUCAAACACCUGGUGCCCCUCAGAGACCAAAUGCUGCAGGAGGAAGCGGCCCGACAGCAGGCCAACGAGCGUCUCAGGCGCCAGUUUGCCGCCCAGGCCAACAUUAUCGGGCCUUGGAUCCAGACCAAGAUGGAGGAGAUCGGCCGCGUGUCCGCGGACAUCGUCGGAUCUCUGGAGGAGCAGAUGAACAGUUUGAAGCAGUACGAGCAGAACAUCAUCAACUACAAGUCCAACAUCGACAAGUUGGAGGGAGACCACCAGCUGAGCCAGGAGUCGCUCAUCUUUGACAACAAACACACCAACUACACCAUGGAGCACAUCCGCGUGGGCUGGGAGCAGCUUCUCACCACCAUCGCCAGAACCAUCAACGAGGUGGAGAACCAGAUCCUGACCCGCGACGCCAAGGGCAUCAGCCAGGAGCAGCUCAACGAGUUCCGGGCUUCCUUCAACCACUUUGACAGGAAGAGAAACGGCAUGAUGGACCCGGACGACUUCCGCGCUUGCCUCAUCUCGAUGGGCUACGACCUGGGAGAGGUUGAGUUCGCCCGCAUCAUGACCCUGGUGGACCCCAACAACACCGGCGCGGUCACCUUCCAGGCCUUCAUCGACUUCAUGACCCGGGAAACGGCAGAGACCGACACGGCCGAGCAAGUCAUGGCCUCCUUCAAGAUCCUGGCUUCGGACAAGAACUACAUCACGGUGGAAGAGCUCCGCCGAGAGCUUCCGCCCGAGCAGGCCGAGUACUGCAUCAGCCGCAUGACGCGUUACGUCGGCGCCGACAGCCCCGCCGGCGCCCUCGACUACAUCUCCUUCUCCAGCGCCUUGUACGGCGAGAGCGACCUGUAAAUGGGCCACGCCCCCCCCCCCCCCCCGCAACUUGCUUUUGUUGUGCAGCCGCCUGUUUACUUACACACACACACACACACACACACACACAUACGAACAAACACACCGCUGCACUGUGAGUCUGGAGGAGGGAUCAUAGCAGCGACUUGUUGAGAAGGUAAAAGGCAUUGCGGGUAGCCAAAAGUGUAAAUAAAACGGGACAGGGAAUGACGAGAAUGGAUCCUCUGAUUUAGUUUCUUUUUCUUUGGGAGUGUCAACGACGCGCGGCAGGAAGGUUUGUGACGGGCUGAUGCGUGACCUCCGUCUGUGUUCCCUCCUCCAAUCCUCAAACGGCCUACCGAAGCUUUUGGAAAACCACAAAAGUUGAAAAUAAAAAGUUGUCACAUUUGAACCCUCAACACACACACGCACACACGAGUGUCUCGAACCAGGCUCGCACAGGGUGGGCUAAAUAUAUAAUUCAUAAAAUCCAUCGGUCUCCAGCGUGUUAGCCUCGUGGACGAAAAUGUCGAUUUAUAAUGAUUUAAAAGGUAAUAAAUAGAUUGAUACGAGAAGCUAACGUCUGAUUUGUCUAUAUAUAUAUAUACAGUGAAGAUGCGAAUGAUGAGUUGUCGAUUUCCUGUCCGUGACCUCGCAGGGGAUAAUGGAAACUGUAGUUUUUAUGUGGCGCUAUUCGGCGGGCGGCUCUGAGAAGUGAAAUACGUCUCCCAUGAUCCCUUGCGCACAGCACGAGCUAAGCAGGAAGCGAACGAGAGGAGCGCGCUAAAUUUGAAGGAAAGGUUCAAUCAAGUCGGCUGUAGCGUUGUUUUUAUUUGUUUUUUUUUGAACAAACGCUGAGGAUUAUAUCCCGCGUCCUAAAAUCAGAAGCAUGAACCCGUUUUGGUUUUGUAUACAUAAAAAAAAAAAAAAGAGGAGGAGGAAAACACGGCAGGCGUGCGAUAGCCGAUUAUGGACAAGUCCCGGGACGUGAAGGAUGACCGGCCGCGACCCCGAACCGAAGAAGCAAGCGAGGGGGCAGACGCUUCGAGCGCGAUUCCUCGUCGGACCGAGCUCGGAAAGGUUGGUGAGAUCCUCGAGCGACUUGGAGAGAAAAGUUAGCGAGCAGGUGCGCCGGUUCCAUUCCUUGUAUAUGGGUAAAGUGUUCACGAGUAGUAUUUGAAUGAUUUGGGUUAGUUUCGGCCUUUUAAAGUCGUGCGGUUUGAACAUUGGCAUUGUAUCUAAGUACGAGAAAUGAAAAGUAAAAAAUGACGAUAUCACUUUAUCUGAUGAUGCUGUGCGUAACAUAAAUUUCUGUUCUUGCGUUACCGACAGCUAAUUCCAAAAUUUCUGAAGCAAAUAUUACUUUGAUUGUAUUUGCAGGUGAUUUUUUUUUUUUUUUUCGGAGGCGUGUGUCAAUAAUUAAAUCGGAUUGCACGUUUAUUUGAAUUGCGCUUACAGGUUUAAAUGUCUUUUUUUUUUCCACAAAUUAGUUAAUUUGAAUGUUUUUCAGUACAAUUUGGGUAAAUGCUAUGAGUGAAAUUCUUUAAUUAAGAUGAAACUUUAAAUUUCUUUACAUGUAGGCUUAAUUCUUUUUU